UUUUACGUAAAAAUAAAAAACGAGACAAUGUAUACAAUUACUUCCAACGUACUCUCAAAGGUCACACCAGGAACAAUCAGAGCAAGAGCAACAAUGGAGUCUGCUAAACCUAACCUCGACGGCUACCAAAACAUCUUGAUGAUGCGUCACGGUGAUCGCAUUGACAAAAUCGAUCCACUCUGGCUCGAUACAGCCACCAGACCAUGGGAUCCUCCACUCGUUCAAGACGGUAUGGUUCGAGCGUUUCAAACUGGUCAACGUAUUCGAUCUCAGAUCCACUUUCCGAUUCACCGUGUUUUCGUCUCUCCUUUCAUCCGCUGCGUUCAGACUGCUUCCGAAGUUAUCGCUGCUCUCUCAGCCGUCGAUUUCGAUCCUAACGCUACUUCUUCUAAAGACGUCGUUUCGAUUGAUAAGUCUAAGUUUAAGGUUUCUAUUGAGUUUGGAUUGAGUGAGAUGUUGAACUCAAUUGCUAUUAGCCCUGAGAUUGCUCCAAAAGAUGGGAAGUUUGAUUUCAUGAUUUCAGAUCUUGAAGCUAUGUUUCCUGAUGGUAUGGUUGAUCGUAGUGUGGAUCCUGUUUAUAAAGAGAUGCCGCAAUGGGAAGAGACAGUGGAAGGAUGUACAGAUAGAUUUCUUAAUGUGAUAAAGACUCUUGCUGAUAAGUAUCCUUCUGAGAACUUGCUCUUAGUCACUCACGGGGAAGGAGUAAGGACAACAUUUGCAACUUUUAAAGGCGUAGAUGUGUACGACGUAGAGUAUUGUGCUUGUGCUGAACUGAGAAGACAGGUCUUGAGUAAAGAUGGAUCUACUUUACCUGGAGGAGAAUUCGAGGUGAUUACAAGUCUUAGUCAAAGUGGAAUCAAGUACCAUUCCUUGAUUACCACAGACCAAACUUCUGUUUAACUCAGGUGUGUGUGUUCCGGAUGAUCAUGGCAUUAUAAAACAGGAUACUGGCUAAUGGUUAUCUAGAAACUUCUGGUUAACCGGACAUGACCUUCACUACAAAUGGGAACGUUACGUAUACAACAAGAACAAUAUUGUAGUCAUACCAAGGAAAAAAGGGCUGAUGAUUCAUUCAACCAUUAUUAUAUUUAACACAUGGAUUUGUGGAAACUUAUGUGUUGUUUCAUUGAAUAAGCCAAUAAAACUUUUAACUGAACGAGUAAA